GAAGUAGAUCCGAGGUGAAUGUGGGUGCUCUAUGUGCUGUUUUUAGCUAAACAUGAGCAAAAAUCACGAAGGGUUUCUGGACUCUGGUGAAAAAAGUAGCACAUUUAAGGAGAAAUAAAAGCUGCAGAAAAACGUAGUCAGUCUAGACUGAGUAAGCUUUUAAGAAAGAGACCAACUGAGAGAGAGAGAGAGAGAGAGAGAGAGAGAGGCAGUUGGGCAAUUAUCAGAACUAGUUCCCCUAGGAACCAGGGUUCAUUUGGGGUUCUCUUGAAGCCGGCAUUGUUCCAGUUUGAGGGGCUAGAGAGAUUUCAUGCAUCUUUUAUUAAAAAAAAAAUUGAGUCUUGAGUUAAUGGUAGUGAUACUUUCAGGAUAGAGAGGUUAUUGAAGCCUUAUCUCGUUCCGGAACGAAGCUUGGAAGGAUAACAGGAUGGGAGUACUUGGCGGGUAUUUGGGAUAAAAAGGUUUAAGGGCUGCUAGUAGGAUUGUUCAGAAUGGCGGAAGAUGCUCAAGAGAUGCGGUCUUUGGCCUUGACUCCGACGUGGUCUGUUGCUACCGUGUUGACGAUCUUUGUCGCCGUUUCUGUUCUCGUGGAACGAUCUAUCCACCGAUUAAGCUCCUGGUUGCAGAAAACUAACCGCAAACCCUUGCUUGCAGCAGUGGAGAAAAUGAAAGAAGAGUUGAUGUUGCUUGGAUUUAUUUCUCUCCUUUUAACGGCUACCUCAAGUAUGAUAUCCAAUAUUUGCAUACCAUCGAAGUUCUAUGAUAGCAAGUUUGCCCCAUGCUCCAGAUCAGAGAUUGACGAAGAACAAGAAAAUAAUUCAUCCCAGGAUCGUAAACUGUUGAUGGCUUCUGUUCUACCUCACUUGUUUAGGAGGAUGUUGAAUGAGUUGAAUCAGAAUACCUGCAAAAAGGAUCAUGAACCAUUUGUUUCAUAUCAAGGUCUUGAGCAGUUGCACCGCUUCAUAUUUGUCAUGGCAAUAACUCAUAUAUCUUACAGUUGCCUCACGAUGUUGCUGGCAAUUGUGAAGAUUCACAGCUGGAGGGUAUGGGAGGACGAGGCUCACAUGGACCGGCAUGAUGCAUUAACUGAAAUCACAAGAGAGCAGACAUUGCGAAGGCAAUCAACAUUUGUCAAGUUUCAUACUUCAAAUCCUUGGGUCAGGAAUAGUUUCCUUGUCUGGGUGACAUGUUUCUUCCGGCAAUUUGGGCAUUCGGUGGUUCGUGCCGAUUACCUUACACUCCGGAAGGGCUUCAUCAUGAACCACAAUCUCACACUAAAAUACGAUUUUCAUGCCUAUAUGAUUCGCUCAAUGGAAGAAGAAUUCCAAAAGAUUGUUGGUGUGAGUGGCCCACUGUGGGGAUUCGUUGUUGCUUUCAUGCUGUUUAAUGUAAAAGGGUCUAAUCUUUAUUUCUGGAUAGCGAUCGUUCCUAUUUCUCUUGUUCUUCUGGUCGGCACAAAGCUGCAGCAUGUUAUUGCAACCUUGGCAUUAGAGAAUGCAAGUAUAACUGGAUUUUUCACAGGAGCAAAGCUGAGGCCUCGAGAUGAUCUUUUCUGGUUUAAAAAGCCAGAACUCUUAUUGUCCUUGAUCCAUUUUAUUCUUUUCCAGAAUGCAUUUGAAUUGGCUUCUUUCUUUUGGUUCUGGUGGCAGUUUGGGUAUGAUUCUUGCUAUAUCAGGAGUCAUUUGCUCGUGUACCUAAGGCUGAUUUUGGGGUUUGCUGGACAGUUCCUGUGCAGCUACAGCACCUUGCCUCUUUAUGCACUUGUUACUCAGAUGGGAACAAAUUAUAAGGCAGCCUUAAUUCCUCAUAGGAUAAGAGAGACUAUCCAUGGAUGGGGGAAGGAAGCCAGGAGGAGAAGGCGGCAUGGCAUUUUCACCGAUGAUUCCACUAUACACACAGACACAAGCACAGUAAUGUCAAUUGAGGAAGACGAUCAUGAGUUCGUUGAUGACACCCCUGGAACUGCCACUGGUGCAUGCACUGAAAUUGAGUUACAGCCAGCUUCUGAUAUUGCAACCAGCCCCUUGCCAGUUGCUAAUGAAACCUCAAGCAGAGUAGGUACACCCCUCCUUCGACCCUCCGCCUCGGUUUCUUCACCAGCUACAUUGUCUUCUAAGACACAAGGUAUUCCCAGAUCUUGUUCUUUGCCAAGCAGAAGAGAAUGAAGUGAUCAUGAAAAUGAUAAUGAAGAAAAAAUGAGCAAACAAAUAUCAA